CAAUAUAACAGCAUGGGAAUGCAUGUGUUGCCGGUGCAUGUGCAAUGUCAUCGUGAUUGGUGUUUUGAGAUAAGAAUUCCUCUCCUUAACUUAUUGUGUUCUAAUCAUUCCAUCUCUGACACUGGCCAUUCACCCCUCGUCAUUUAAGACGUUGCACAGCAAUUGGCUGACGAUGAGUGAAACCUCAACACUUACGGUCCUUCGUUCAGAGAAGGAUAUUGACAAGGUUUGGCUUGAGGAACUACUGAAACUAAGGCUAAAAUCCAACAUUGAAGUCCUUUCAUGGACAUCGAGUACUCCAGCCACAAAGAGUGGGUUCUUGAGUGAGAUGUGCUUCGUUCGUGUGGCUUUCAAAGGUCCAUAUCACCCAGUGGAAGAGAGGUCUUUAGCUGUAAAAUUUGCUCCAAGUGACAAAAAUAUAUUGGAAUUCAUGAAGAAUGGGAACCUUGCAAGGAAGGAAAUCGAGUUUUACAAAUUUGUCUUAACAGACGACUUUCAGCUUUUCUGCGAGAAGAGCGGCUUGAAAAAUCCAGUUCCAGAUGUGUACUGGGCAGACAUGGAAGAAGACCUCGUCACCCUUGUCAUGCACGACUUGAGAACAGAAGGAUUUAGAGUGGAUACCCCACCAGGGGGGAACUCGCUAGAACAGAUUAAACUAACGCUGAAAUCUUCUGCAAUUAUUCAUGCUUGUGGAGUUGCUACCAUAAAGAAGCAUGGAAGGGAGUACCUAGAUGUUCCCUCUGGAGAUUUUCUUGAUGACUAUGUUAAGGUAGGUCUUGAGAAAGAAAUAGAAAUGUUUAAGGGAACACGUACUGCGGAAACUUUAAGAGCACUUAACUCCCUGAGGGACCCAGUGAUCAAGACAAGGUAUCCAUUAUUUGAGACUUUGAUCCACGGGGAUUUGUGGACAGGGAACGUCAUGUUCUCUGGCGACAAUACAAGUGCCAUCAUUAUUGACUGGCAGUUUGCCUCCGUUGACAACCCAGUAUGUGACAUUCUUUCCUUGUUGCUGAUGAGCGGCGAACCUGUGGUGUAUGAGCAACACCUAAAUGACGUUCUCGAAAGUUACUGGGAAAGUCUGACUGAAGCCUUAAGAAAGAAUGAAGUUUCAGUUAACAAUACAUUUCAAGAGCUUGUGAACUGCGUUGAGCAAAUGUGGAUAUAUGGUUUUAUGUUCUUGACAGCCAGUCUUAACGAUUUGCUGGAAAACAAUUUGAUAACAGUGGAAAGAACGAAACAUGUUAUAACAUUUUUGGAGGAGAAAAAUAUAUUUUCAAAGUUCCUGCAGCUUCAUGGAAAAGAAGUAACAUGAUUAAGUUUUCAGGUUAAUUUCAGGAUUUUGAAAUAUAUGUGCGGUAGCUUUUCGAUUAUUCUACUUUUGGCUUUAAAACUGCAUAUAAGGCUUCACGUGUAAUGCUAUGAAGCUAAUGGCCUAUAGUGUAUGACAAAUUUGGCCUCCAGUUACUGAUUAGCACCAAUCUUCUAUAAUGUGCUGUUUCAUAAAGUUCAUUUAUUAAUAAACAGAGUUUUCCAUCUAC